UUUAUGUGUUCUUUAAAAAAAAAAAAAGAAGAAAUGGAAAUGUAAGUAAUUUUUAUAUGAAUAUAUAUAAUAUGUAUUAACUUAUAAAUACUAAUAUGAAUGCAACUGUACUGUUUAUUUAAGAUAUGUAAACGUAUGUAAUUCAUUUUGUAGGUCAGUGAAGAAAAGUCGGCAAGGGAGAGUCAAUCUGCGACAAAUGAAUGCCAUGAUAGACUACAUGGAAAAACAUCCCCAUGUAGCAAGAAAUAAAUUUACGACGCUACAUGGCAAAGAGAAUAUUGAAGGGAGUUGGAACGCGAUGGCCGAUUAUUUAAACUCGCUAUCGAAUGACACCAAAGUGAAGGACGUUAAGUCUUGGAAAACGACAUGGAGAGAUUAUAAAACAAAAGUAUCCGAGAAAGUGCGCAAAUUAAGAAGCAACAGAGCACAGACGGGAAACAAAACCAUCGACAUUAUUCUUAACGAUUUGGAUAAGCGUGUUUUAGGAAUCAUAGGCCACCAAUAUGCUUCAGGCGUUGACCCAUGCCCGGAUGCCUUUCCGGAAGAACAUCCAAACGUUUUAGAAGAAUUAACUGCGGGGGACACCACAGUUCUAGAGAUAGCACCAGCCUGUAUUCAAUUUAAUGAUAAAGGUGAACAGUGGUUAGAGUACUUAGAAGAUGAAGUGCCGCCUGAUUUUCUGGCAAAUGAAGCCAUACAGCAGGUAGAAUCUCCACCAGCCAUAGAAGCUACCGAAGAAGAAAAAAAGAUAAGAAAAACAGCGGGAAAGGAAAAAAUAAAAACGAAACCAAAAAGGAAUAGGAUUCACGAUCAAAGAUUAGGAGAGCAACUUGCAAGUGCAAGACAGUCAUUUACUAAUAUAAGCGAAAAACAUGCAAAUGCAAUGGAAAUGUUAGCCCAUGCUAUGAACGUUCAGGCGGAAGCAACUAAAGUGCAAGCGGAAGCGACUAAAGUGCAAGCAGAAGCAAAUCUACGCAUUGCUGAAGCCAUCGAAAAAAUGGCAGAAAAUUCGGCACAGCAAACACGUUUGAUGGAAUUGUUAUUGAGAAAUAAAAAUGAUAAAUAAUGCAAUAAUUACAAUGUUUACAUUUAUUAUAUUCAUUUAUAUAUACAAUUGGAAAAUGUUACUAAAUGCAUAUUAGUUUCCUAAAAGUUACCCAGUGCAUGUUUUUGCUAUUUAACGUUUGUGUUAAUAUGUACUACUAUAUAUUACAAAUGUUGCAGAACAACUAACAAAUACAUCGGGUACGAUUUAGAAGACUACCCUGUAAGAAGACUGAAAUAGAAUGGAAUGAAUAAUUGUUACUUCAACUUUCCAUCAGAUUAUUUACAAUUCUCGAUACAUA